AUGAGUAGUCCCAAGCGAAGGAUAGAGACGGAUGUGAUGAAGCUCAUGAUGAGCGACUACGAGGUGACACUGGUUAACGACAACAUGCAAGAGUUCUAUGUCAUAUUCAAAGGACCGUCAGAGACACCUUUUGCAGAAGGAAAAUGGAAAGUUCACGUCGAAUUACCCGACCAGUAUCCAUAUAAAUCGCCCUCGAUUGGCUUCGUCAACAAGAUCUUCCAUCCGAACAUUGACGAAGGGUCGGGUUCGGUGUGUCUAGACGUUAUCAAUCAGACCUGGUCGCCUAUGUUCGACAUGAUCAACAUCUUCGAAGUCUUCCUACCUCAACUCCUUCGAUAUCCCAAUCCUACAGACCCGUUGAACGGAGAAGCAGCAGCAUUGCUGAUGAGAGAACCGCGGAGCUACGAUGCGAGGGUGAAGGAGUAUAUCGCGCAGUAUGCCACGAAUAUCCACGCCGAUGCCGAUGAGGACGAAAACGAGACAGAUGGGGAAUUGAGUGAAGUGGAGGACUUUGAUAGCGACUGCGAGGACGAGCCUGCUGGAGCUAUGGAGGAUGUAUGA